AUGGCCUGGGGCAAGACAAAACCAUACGAACCUGGCAUGAUUGGCAGCAAGCCAGCAUGGUCAUUCAAGAGGUAUUUUUUCCCAGGCUCUGGACGCCCACCCCACUCCAAGUUGUAUCAAGAUACGCCGUCCUGUAAAGUCAUCAAGACGACGCCCGAGUCUCAGCUGGAUGACGAUAUCCUCCCGAUUGCAAGCCAGUUUGCCGCAAUGCGCCAGACUCAAGAUUUCUCCAUUAAUGGGUCGUGGAAUCCCUUAAUGACUGGCAAAACAACACAAUCUUCACCUCUGGGGAUGGAUACGCAUCUGGAGGCAGCCUCAAAUAAUGGCACCCAACGCCAGAAUGCUGCACCGGCCCGCGUACUACAGGCGCAAGGUCCAGACCCUAUCCCCGAGCAUCCCAUUUCCGAUUCACACGCACCAUUGUCUUCGUCACCAACGCCAAUGUUCCAGCACCAAUUCUUGACCGAUGAUCAAAUGUUCACGACAGCAGAAGUCGGGGACAAAGAUGUCCCUUCAUCGCCGGAUGAGCCAGAGGAUGGAAUGGGCUCCUUUCUCGAACUCCCAGGCGAAGGAGUCGUCUCUCGAGUACCCGACCCAGUCGAGGCUCCAUCAAGCCCAAUGAUGUCGAACGGCACACGAAGUAGGCUCCAAUCUCCAGCAGAGCUGUCGUCGUCGCCUCGUCCGCCCCAGGCAAAUAUCACCAAAAGGGCCGAUGGUGUCACACAGCCAGUUCCCGGCCACACGAGUAGAGCCGGAUUCCGCCAAUUCAACGGCCACACCGGAACCGCGCAAAAUGAGGCCAAUGCAGCGUCGAAGAUGGCAGGACAAGCCGCCAGGUUGGCGGUUAAAAUGAACGCUAUGUCAUUUGAUGAUCAACGCAGCACUCCUAAAGUCAAUCGUGUGCCGGUCGACAGCGGAAACUUCCAGAACAGUCCUUCACCCAACGAUUCCAAUGGCGGUACGAGGCAAAAAGAACAGCGUACACGCCGAAUGUUAUCGCGGUUCACUCAAAAGCGCGACUCGCAGGAUGACAAACCGAAGCAGCUGCAAAAGCCAGAUCCCCAGGCAUUGAACUUUGACGGCUUCAGCGACCAAAAACGCGUGGAUGUGUUCCUAAAGGACUACAAAGUUCCCAGGAAUCCCCGUCUUGAUCCUCUAUCAACGCUCCUCGGAUGGGUGGAAUUGAAGCUAGAGGAAAGCAAGAAAAAAGAAGACGAAUUUAAUCAGCAAGCCACAUCCUUAAACGGUCAGAAGAAGGAUAUCGCCAAGCUGAGAGCAGAGCUGUCGUCAAUGCAGGGCGCUCAGGGAAAAUGGGCCCAGACGCAGCAGAAGAAUCAGGAGCAGCUGGAAAAUGCCAAUAAAAAGAUUAACAACCUUCAGCUUAAUCUUCAAAAGACGCGGCAGGCCUUCGCAACUACUAAGAGUUCGCUCGAUGCCACUGUCUUUGAGCGGGAUCAAGCUCGGACUGAUAACAAUCAACUUCUUGAAGAAUUCAAAGAGAAAGAACAAGCACAUCGGAAUGUUCACCAACAGGAGAUGUUGCGUCUCAGGAAAGAACACGCCGGCCAAAUUGAGACUCUCAGACACAAGAUCAAGCAAGAGAAAGACCAGGCGGAAUCCAGGGUGGCCAUCCUGUCGCAAGACCACCGAGAGACGAUUGAGAGGAUGAACACUGAAAGCAAACAGAAGGAACAAGGACAUCGGAAUUUUCACCAAAAGGAGAUGUUGCGUCUCGGGAAAGAACACUCUGGUCAAAUUGAGUCUCUCAGACAUCAGAUCAAGCAAGAGAGAGACCAGGCGGAAUCCAGGAUAGCCAUCCUGUGGCAAGACCACCGAGCGACGAUUGAGAGGAUGGAGGCUGAAAGCAAAGAGAAGGAUGCUCGCCAUGAAAUCUUGAUGAUGGAGUUGCAGCAGAGACACGACGAUGCCAUGAAUACGCAAACGAGAACCCUCCAGGACCUGAGGCGACACAUGGCCAACUACAGCAACACAGGUAGCUACACAGCAAUCUCGGACGACGAGCUUCGCGGCCACUUCCAGCUACUCACACGUCGCAUCAACAACUUGAUCAAAUGGGUUCCGCGUCCAGGGACCUACGCGGUCGAGGAGCAUCUCGAUCCGAAUGGCUUCCUGACGAGAAAUUCUCAACAGGGCGGUCGAAAUUGGCCAAAAUUUGUGCGGAGCAUCUGUUGGCGAUCCAUCAUGCGCGGCUUCUACUGCCGUCAGCUUGGCUUCGAUCCCAGUGGCCUAAGUGCCACCCUUCCCAACACCAAAGAGCUAAAUACAUGGCGCGCCGGCUUCUUCGAUGCCCUUGUAAAGGCGACUCAGCACGGUGCAAUCGGGCAAGCAGACAACAAGUACGUCCGUCUCUUCCGCGCGAACGUGGAGUCCGUCACCGAGGACCUCGUGUCUUCGCUUCAGCAAGUGGCACAGAUCCGCCUUGAUCCAGGGAUAUGGGAAGAGGUUGCCGGCUUUGUCGAGGGGCUCGGCACACUGGCACUUGAGAUGGGGUCACAGCGGGCCCACGUAUACCUUGAGACGUGCGAAUACGGCGAGGACAUUAUCGUGGGCGACCGCUUUAGAGACGAUGCGGAGCUGGGCUACGAGAGGCUGACGGUGGAUCUCAUGACACAGCCAUGUCUGAGGAGGGUGGGCGAUGGACGGGAGGAUUUGACGACCCAGAGGACUAUUGUCAAGGGUGACUUUGUAGCGUUAAAGCCGGGGGUGUACUGA